CUACACACCAAACCUUAAACGCUCUUCUUCUUCUUCGUUCUCUUUCUCUCUGGCUUCGUAUAUUUCACCAUGAAGAACCCCUUUUUCAAAACAACCUUCCUAUUCCUCUCAAGUUAAGCCAUUCUUGGUGCUGCCAAACACGCCCUUAAUUAAUUAAUGGGUUGCUUCCUUGCUUGUUUUGGUUCCUCCAAAUCCAAACGCAGAAAACACACGCACAGUGUUCAACGAAAUGCUACUAGCAAGCCUGAGCAACCCAGUGUCUCUCUGGUUCAGGAUCAUUCCGAAGCCUCUCUUAACACUGAAUCAGAACUUCAGGGUAAAAAUGAGGAGCAACUAAGUGUUAGUUCAAGAAAGAAAGUAACUUUUGAUUCCAAUAUUAGAACCUAUGAUCCUGUUUCUCCUGAUGAAGUUAGUGAUUUCAAGAGUGGUGAAGAAGAGCAUGCUGGAAAGGAGGAAGCAUUGGAGAAACCAGGCCAAUCAAAGCUCUCUUCCUCUAGAGACUGUUCAGUUACCUCAAAAGGGUCUUUCCCUCCAAAUCACAGGUACCAGAAUUGUAGGGAAAGCGAUGAUGAAGACGAAGAAGAAAUGGAUUAUGGAGUUAGUGAUCUCAGUGAUGAAGAUGAAGAAUGUGAUGAAAUGGUUGAAGAGUUUGAAGAAGAUAGGGUGAAAAUCGAUGUUGAUCAUGUGGUUACUGAAGGGGUUAUAGAGAGUACAAUCCAAAAUUGUGAAAGUGAUUUGAAGCCAUUUGGGGUUAAUCCCAAUGCUAGAGAUAGAAGUGCUUAUGUUCAUCCUGUGUUAAACCCUGUGGAGAAUCUCACUCAGUGGAAAUCAGUCAAGGCCAAGAGAACAGUAUCAUCACCAUUGAAGCCUCAGAAAGAGAAUUAUGUUUCUCCCAAUCAUGAAUCUCCAAGGAUUGCCAUUGCAGCUGCGGAACAAAGUGUUAAGGAAAUUUCUUUCCACUUGGAUUCGAAAACUGACUCACGAAAGCAGCUGAGCCAGGAAAUUUCAGUUGAUGAAAAUGUUAAGGAAGUUUCUUUCCACUUGAAUUCGAAAACUGACUCACCAAAGAAGCUGAGCCAGGAAAUUUCAGUUGAUGCUAGCCUCUCAAAUUGGUUGGCUACUUCGUCAGAAACGAGUACACCUAUGAACAAGGGUAGCUCAGUGGCCUUGAAUUCAGUUACAACUCCUGAAAGAAGCACAGUCUCGCAAGGUUCAAAUUCUGUAAUUAGCCAUGAUGAUAGGCCUAUUUUAGGUGCAUUGACGUUGGAAGAGAUCAAGCAAUUUUCAGCUACUUCGUCACCAAGGAAGUCACCUAGUAGGAGUCCUGAUGAGAUGCCUAUCAUAGGCACUGUUGGGACCUACUGGAAUUUUGCCGAAGAAGCCAGCACAGCAUCAUCCUUCAAAGGGAUUCCCAACACAACAAGCAAGUAUAGAGAGGAUAAGAAAGUGAAUUGGCACUCAACUCCAUUUGAGACAAGGUUAGAGAAAGCUUUGAACAGAGGUGCUGCUGCUGGUGAAGCCUAGGGUGUUCUAAGAGACAUGCUGCACUGGUUUGUGUCGUUUUUGGGGGGUGUGAAUUGUGUAGGAAUUCAAUUUUUUUAUUCUUAUGAAUGAUUCAGUGUGUGAUGUUUACUUCUUCAAUUUGCAGUUUGGGUAAAUAAUUAAUACAAUCAUAUAUCUUAUAUCUA